AUGAGUUCUACAAGAAGCAAACUAGAACUGCAAUCCAUCAUCAAAGAUACCAUCACCGAGCUAUUCUCAAGUGAGGAAUUCGUCAUAAGUAUAACAAAAACCAUAGCAGCUAGGAUCGAACAAAAAAUAAGGCAAAUUGAAGAAGAUGUAAAAACUAUGAAUGAUAAAAUGAAACUACUAGAGAUAAAAGUCGAUUCUCUCCAACAGCAAGAACGAAUCAAUAAUAUAUGCAUAUACGGAGUGAAUGAAGAAACCGGGGAGAACCUGAAAAAUAAAGUAGCGAAAUUGUUGAACGAGAAUAUUGACUCGUCCCUACAGGAGGAGCACUUAAUAGACAUAUACAGGGUAGGCAAAAUUAACAGUCGUCCUCAAGGUAAAACAAGACCAAUCAUAGUGAAACUAAUAUCCUACGACCGUAAACUGACCUUACUGAAGAACAUAAAGAAACUGAAAGGUAAAAACAUGUUCAUCACUGAAGACCUGGUGAAAAACAGACAGACCUUACUAAUGAAAAGUAAAGAUGUCUUCGGAAAACAAAAUGCAUGGUCUUUCAAUGGACAAAUCUAUGUGAAAAUUGGGGGGAAAACUGAAAAAAUAUAUAGCCAUCGGGACAUAGAAAUAUACUCUUCGAGCUGAAAAAUUGAAUGGAGGAGCCUGAUUAAAAUGAUUUGAAUAUUUCGAUUUUGUAUUCCAUAUUCUUUUCCUAAAUAUAACUUCUCACUAGUAAAUAAUUUUUUCAUCAAUGAUCGACUUUCUCGAUGAGUUGG